AUGUCAUUAACAGCAAUCACAAUAACAACAAGAGUCAAGAAAAUAGAAGAACAUUAUCAAAAAUAUAAAUCAUUAAAAUCAGUGAGCAUCCCUACAUCAAUUAAUGAAUUAGGAAAUUGGUAUUUUAAAGGAUGUACGUCAUUAACAAGAAUUGAUAUUCCAACCACAGUUAAUGUAAUAGGAUGUGGUUGUUUUAAAAGUUGUUUGUCAUUAAGUUCAAUCACUCUUUCAACAUCAAUCAGUAAAUUAAAAGAAUGGUGUUUUGAAGACUGUUUAUCAUUAACAAGUAUUAAUAUACCAUCAACAAUUAAUGAAAUAGAAACAGGUUGUUUUAAAAAUUGUUUAUCAUUAAGAUCAAUCAAUAUUCCAUCAUCAAUUAGUCAAAUAGGAGAUUGGUGCUUUGAAGAGUGUUCGUCGUUGACAUCAAUUACUAUACCUACUUCAGUCAGCAAACUAGGACCUGGCUGUUUUAAAAAUUGUUUGUCAUUAAGGACAAUCACAUUGCCAUCAUCAAUUAGUCAAAUAGGAGAAUGGUGCUUUGAAGGAUGUACGUCAUUAAAAAGUAUUAACAUACCAACGUCUGUUCAUGAAUUAGUAAAAGAGUGCUUUAAAAAUUGUUCAUCAUUAACACAAAUUGACGUACCAACAUCAGUCACAAACAUUGAGGAAAGAUGUUUUUUGGGAUGUCCAGAAGAGUUAAAGAGGAAUAAAGUGCUUAAAAAGUUGUAUUAUGAUGGAUGUGUUAUAGUUUAA